UCGUGCCUCAUGCGAGGCUUCUAGAAUUACAAAAUGGCGGUUGAUGCGCAUAUUAUUUAUUUUGGUUUGAUUAUUAUUCCGUGAGUUUCGGACUGUUGCAAAUACGAGACAUUCAAAACACGACUGUAACACAGGUUGAAAAAAUGGAUGAAAAUAACGUGGAAGUUUUGUCGGUAUCGUCGAAAAAAUACUGUGACCUAAAAAUGCCACGCUCGAAAGCAAAAUUGGGUCACAAACGGCGUAGGUCAUUGACUCCCAUGCGCCCUGUUGCGAUCGCGCCAAAAACAAAUUUCCCAAGGGGCGUUCAAAAUGUAGACCUUAGCCAAAGCUUGGUCGUGAAAAACGAACCUGGGUACAUUACUAUAGUACCGAGAGUUAGUCAAACUGCGUUAGAAAAUGACAGUAACAAAUCAGUCUCAGUAAUUGAUCAAUAUGAGAUUUUGGAUUCCUUAUCAGGGCCGCAAAAUCCAAAGCGCAUGAAAGUCAGUGGCACUGAAGACGUAGUUACGCAGCUUGUUAUAGUCCCAAAUCAACCUUUGGAUGCAUAUAAUACGAUUCUGAUCACAGACACCGAUGACAAAAUUUUACGUAAAAGAAAAAUGAAUCCACACGAGUACACGAUAUUAAAAAAUGAUCUGUCUAACCAUUGUAUAUUACAACAAUGCAACUUUACUACAGAUAAAUCGAACACUAUCAAUUGUACAUUCUCAGUGUCACCAAAAUUUGACUUUGUACAUCAGGAACAAAUUUCAGUCUCACAAACUGAUGAAAAGACUCACAGUAAUAAUGUAUAUAAAACUAUUCCAACAAAGUCAAAGUCAUCUUCUCAUAGUUCCAAUGCAUCAAACUCUGAUAGUAGUAAAAGUAACGAAUGUAAACUGUCAAUUUACGGAAAUACAAUGUCCAAUAAUGAAAUCGACAAAUCCUCCUUAUCGAAUGUCUCUUCAAUUGAAUCUUCAGACUCCUUGGACUCCUUGAAAGCUAGAUCUCAGAAGCCUGUUGUAAUCAUGCAACAACUACUAUCACCUGCGAAUAGAACAAAUUCUAUCAAAGGGAAACAGAUAUCGGCAGCAGGCUUAAGUAAAGUAGCACCAUCAAAUAUUGAGAGUAUAAAUAUAGAGAUGAAGAAUAGAUCUGAACAUACAUCACUGCCAAAAUCGAACGAAAGUUUUUAUGACUUAAAAACAAUGAAUCCGAAUGCAACUAGGGUAAACAAUUACGAACACGAAACGGAUUUCUUAUUGAAAAAGGAAUUCCCUAUCAUCAGCAGCAGUCAAGUUGACUCCGUGCUGAAAGCCAUAGACAUGCAAGGCACGAACAGGGGAAUCAUCUCAAACGACGCCGCUAAUCACACUAAAAAGGAAGCGGGAGAGAAAAGUUUAACUGAUGGCCAUUUGCUGCCUUACAUUCAGGGUGCAGCAAAACUAUCCAAAAAUGAAAAUACGCACUGUGCAAAUACAGUUACUAAUUGUUCGACCCGAUUUCAAACAAACCGACUUACGAAACGACUUCAGUUUGAGGAAUCAGUGGGAAAUAAUGCCAUGACGAUAGAAAAAUUGACGGACACUCUACAGUGUUACAAAUGCAAGGAUUGUUCUUACAUGAGUUUGAAUGAAGCGUUUAUUUUUGAACACAUCAAAAAGCAUAUGAACGAAUCUAGGAGCAAAGAAAAGCAAAUGUUGAAAUGUCCAGGCUGUUCAAAUACUUUUCACCAUGAAGCCUCACUGCUCUCUCACAUUGUGCAUGAUCACCAGGUACAUCAAAGAGAGGCUCAAUUCAUGGUUGAACAACUGAUUUCCCAGCAAACUUUGGCAAUUGUAAAUAAGAACCAAAAACCAUUUUCGGAAAUUCGUAUCGCUAAAACGGAAAAUGAACAAAUUCUUAUCACAGAAAUAUCUAAUAAAUUUCUUGACAACGAAGGUCAGGCACAGUCUCUUUUGGUUUCACAUCCAACAGUGCUCACCUCCUUUCAGGACAUAGAAGACAACUCAAAGUUACCAAAGAACAAUGUAGUGGUUGAAAAUAGUGAGUUGCAAUGUAUGCAAAAUGUGAAGAAUAUGCACGUGGCAAUAAGAGAACCUAUAGUGGACAUACAAGAACUUACUUUUUUGAAUGAUAAAAAAACGUUUUCAAACAAGUCUAAUGUGCAACAAAAUCAAACAAUCGAAGUAGUCGAAAUCAAGCAUGGUGAUGGUGCCGAAAAUCUAAAUUUUGUCGAGCCCAAAAAUGGUCAACGCCAUUUUGAGUUUGUUAACUUUAAAAACGUUAAGGAGAGUGAAGGGUACUUGCAAGAGGAUGAUACAGUGGACAGAGGAAUUUCAGAUUCAGAAAUAGAGCUCAGUGGUCUUCCGGCAUCAAGAUUGGACGUAGAAACCAUCAGAUUAGAGACCAAAAGCACAAAACCAAAGGUGAAACCAAAAAGUAAAGGGAGGCCUAAGGGCUCUAAGAGUCCUUCCACUAAGCCGCAAGCAGUUAGUGUAAAACAAGGAUACAAAUGUGAAAUAGAAGAUUGUGGAGUACGUAUGCUGUUGCAAGAAAACAUUGUGUAUCACCAAAAAUGUCACGUCACUGCUACACUUCCAUGCACUAUCAGUUAUCAGUGUCCGGAAUGUGCAGAAUUCAAGAGUAAUAAUUGGAAUAAUUUGGCUGGUCACUUAUGGAGAUCGCAUAUCAUAGACAUGGAAUUGCACUGCUGUGACUUGUGCAGUUAUAAAACGCCUAGCUUAAGUCACUUGACGAAUCAACACAGAGGCAUACAUGGUGAAAACCGUCCAUUUUUAUGUGAUCAUUGUGGUAAAGGAUUCAAAACAAAAAAGCAACGAAGGAAUCACCGAGCUCAUCACAGAGCCAAAGAAAAGGAACCUUUAAAAUGUGAUGAAUGCCAGCGAAAUUUCACCAAUGCGAGGUUGUUGAGGUUGCAUCAAGACGCUGUACAUAAAGAGUCAAAGCCAUUCACUUGCAACUCAUGCUCGUACUCAGCAUCAACGAGAAGUGCCCUUAAACUUCACUUGAGGCGCCACACUGGAGAAAAACCAUUUUCUUGCGAUCAAUGCUCGUACACUACAGGUGACCAUAAUUCGUUACGAAGGCAUAAAUUAAAACACUUAGGCCUUAAACCUUAUAGUUGCCCACAUUGCAAUUAUGCCUGCAUUCAGACGUCGACAUAUAAAGUGCAUCUAAAGAACAAGCAUCCAGGCUUGAACCACGAUCUUAUGUUUUCUUGCCAGUACUGUUCAUACAAAUCGAUAAAGAAACAGAAUCUACUUACUCAUAUGGCAAAGCACGAUCAAGUAUUGUCCGACAAAUUCCAGGCUGGCUCUGGAAUGCCAAUUUUCGUAGAAUAAGUGUGAUUCCCAUUCGAAUAAACGAUAUUCAUCUG